UACAACCUCAGCGUUAGCAGGGGAAGACGCGAAUUUAUAACGCCAGUGUACAGACGUGAGCAGGCGGAUAAGACAGUGUGUCGCCGGUUGUUAUUAUCGCCUCAUUAUCCGAUAACGUAGGGAUGCGAUGUGAGACACCCUGCGAGGCUUGGACAGCGCCGUUUCACCGGUUAAACCGACCGUGGACUUGCCUGCCGCAAAGACUUGCCUGACUUCAGAUUUAAAAAAGCAACAACCCUGCGAUGUUUUUACAUUUCCCAGUGUCCUGAUAACUGCAGACCUCAACCCAAAGCAGCAUCACUUCAUUGCUCUUCAUCUGGGAGUCACACAUUUAUAGUCUUCAAACUCCAGCUAAGCCAACAGGCAUCAUGUCUUCCAGGGAGCGUCGCUCAGAUGUCUACAUAAAGGCAGAACCAAGCAGUCCGGAGGGAGGCGGGGGAGGCCGGACCAGCCCUGGCGGGGCCUCCUCGGACUCCUCUCAAAGUGGAGGCGGAGGAACCAGAGGAGACGGCGUUAAACGUUACUCGCCGCCACUCUACACACCGGCCCUGCGCUGCCACUUCAAAGAUGAGGGGGGGGAUGGGGCAGAGGAGGGCUCCACUGGAAAUGGAGCAGGGCGAUGCAAGUACGCCCUGAGCACGCUACCCAAGAGGCUGUGUUUAGUAUGCGGGGAUGUGGCUUCAGGUUACCACUACGGCGUGGCGUCAUGUGAGGCCUGCAAGGCAUUCUUCAAGAGAACCAUCCAAGGUGUGUGUCGUGGUAACAUUGAAUACAGCUGUCCAGCCUCGAACGAGUGUGAGAUCACAAAGAGGCGCAGAAAGGCUUGUCAGGCAUGUCGCUUCACCAAGUGCCUCAAAGUAGGCAUGUUGAAAGAGGGAGUUCGUCUUGACAGAGUCAGAGGAGGAAGGCAGAAGUACAAAAGACGUCCGGAAGUGGAGAAUGCAACAUACCAGAGUGCCCCUCUACCACUGACGAAGGAGAGUGAAAAAGGUUCCUCCAACAUCAUUGUGUCCCACCUUCUAGUGGCAGAGCCCGAGAAGUUAUUCGCCAUGCCCGACCCUCUACAGCCCGACACAGCCCAGCGCACGCUCACCACCCUGUGUGACCUCGCUGACCGGGAGCUGGUCGUCAUCAUUGGCUGGGCCAAACACAUUCCUGGCUUCCUGUCGCUGUCCCUAGCAGACCAGAUGUCCGUGCUGCAGUCGGUGUGGCUAGAGGUGCUGGUGCUCGGGGUGGCAUACCGCUCGAUUGGCUGUGAGGACGAGGUGGUGUUCGCUGAGGAUUUUGUCCUGGAUGAAGAGAUGUCCCGCGUCGCUGGACUGACGGAGCUAAAUGCAGCAAUUAGUCAACUCGCUCGCCGCUUCAGGGCACUAAACCUGGACCGGGAGGAAUUCGUCAUGCUGAAAGCCAUCGCACUCACUAACUCAGAUUCUGUUUACAUCGAGGACAUGGAGGCUGUGCAGAAGCUGCGGGACCUCCUCCACCAGGCCAUGCUGGAGCUGGAGUGUCAGCGGCGCCCGGACGACCCCCAGCGUGCAGGACGCCUCCUUUUAACUUUGCCUCUCCUCCGACAGACUGCUGGUCGCGCCCUUACCACUUUCUACAGCAUCAAGACCCGUGGUGGUGUCCCCAUGCACAAACUAUUCCUGGAGAUGCUGGAAGCCAUGAUGGACUCUCCCUAGAGUGCAAAGCAACAGUGAAUAGGAUGCAGGAAACGACCCAACAGAGAUCUAGCCCUUAACAGUGGACAAGUGGUUCGUGAGGAAGAUUUUAGUAGAGAAUUUUUAAUGAGGAAAAUGGUCCUUUCUUUCCCUUUUCCCAUAGCCUACAUGAAGAAAGGAAAAGAAUGAGAAAAAUAAAACAGCUCAUGUCCCUAAAUGGGAAUUUAGAAUGAGAUGUAACUGCCACACUUCAGUAAAAGGAUCCGACAUCCAAGUGAGAAAACAUUUCAUGUGAAUGCCAGAGUACAAAAAACGAUUUUCAUGCUACGAUCCAUCACAGCAUCGAUCUGCGUUUGCAUAACUACUGAGGAACAGCAGUAAGGUACCCGAGAACAGACUGCAAACAUGUUGCUUUUGAACUCUUUAAAAUAAAGCAACUUGUCACAUGCAACGAAAGCCAUAAUAACAUAUCUGGCGAAAGACUUUGAGGGUCCAGUAAGGGGGCAGAUUGACAUGCACAUGGAGUGCUUGUAUUUAAUAUAGUUUAGUGUGCCGUUGUAGGCAAAUUCAUAGGAAUUACUUGCAAUAUGUUAAAAGCAAUAUAAUGACUCGAUUGUUGUCUGUCACAUUUAAAAUGUGGAUAAAAGGGUAGUUGUGUGUGUAUACCAGUAGUCCUCCACUUUCCAGACCCCAAGUGCUGAUUUUUUUGAAACAAACAAAAAGGCACGUUGGGGGUUAAAUGCUGGAUUUGGGAACCACUGAUGUACAGAGUAGGUGCAGCUUUCUUUAUAAAAGGUUGUGCAAUUGAUUUGAAGUGGAUGAAGUGCAAAGAUUGUGCGCUCACAGAAUGAACUAAGUGGAAGGUAAUAUAUUCGGUGUUGUUUGUAAAUCCUAUCGGCACACAAAAAACUGGCUUCCAUACAAGCAAGCUUGUGCGGUCUAAACCAAUGAGCUGAGAUCAGGGAAGGACACAACUCUUUGACAUUAAAGCGUGGCAACAACAGUGCUAAGAAAAGAAAUGUAUAUGCCUCAUCUGCUUUUUUUAAAUAUACAAUCCUCCUCUAGAUCUAACCACCAUUUCUGACGUCAGUGCUGUUCAGAAAUAUUCUGACCUAAUUGAUUUAUGGGCUAUGCCGUCUAACACUAACCUUGAUGACUAAUUGGUGUAUGAGAGGUUGCUGCAUUUUCUGCAGUCGUGAGGAACAUUGCUUAAAAUAUCUCUAUUGUUUCAAUGAGAGAUCCCUCCUUUGUGUAUGGACAGCUGUCGAACUUUCACUUGCAAGUGCCCACAACGGGCUCAGGACAACAAGAAACACAACAUAUGCAACAUCUUCCUUUAGGGUGUUGAACCCUUGUCGGACAACAUCCUGAAAGUCCUACUCAUUGAUCAGCAAGUUUGUAUACUUACAAUAGAAGUGAUCACUAUAGUAAGCUUCACAUGCAAUGCAAAGCUACAGUAUCUGAUGUCAAAAUCAGAUAUUAUAUUUAGUGGCCAUAUGGGCCGUUAAUCUUUCAGCCAUGUACAGUUCCAUUUAAAGAAACAAACAUGCAAUUUAUAGUGGAAGAUAAUAAAGCCAGCAAAUGUGAUACAAACCUCCCCACCAUUUCAAAAAUAUGUGUGCAGCUUACAGUGUUCUAAAAUUUGUAAACUUGCUUUUUUCAUACAUUUUCCUUUCUAGGAUUUAAGGGUAUUUUUAUUUACAUUGUGACACUGUUCUGGGUUUGGUAUUGAAAUUACUCAUUCUAUUCAGAAUGUUAUAAAUUGUUUUUGUUUAACGUAAGCAGUUGUUUUCUGAAGCUGAUUGUCAUUUUAGGGAUCAAUUUACAUGGCUCUAUAGAUUUAGCGGUGGGCUACAGAGGGCUACCUCAGGAGGCAGUGUAAAGCCAGAUGGCCAAAUAACUGUGGAGGCAAACGCAACUAUUGAUCUUUGGAGUUGUCAACUAAAAUUUGAACAUUGGGUUUAUUGAAUGUCUUUGAGUUGCAAACAACGCCUGAUAUUGGUAAUUUCUUUGUUUUUAUAACUUUAAGGUUUAAAUGGCUCAUUCAUCUUGCUUUAUAAGAGGCCCCAUGGUACAAGAUUCUGGUACGGUUUCUGAAGAAUAAUCGUGCAGCUCAAAAUCCCUGGAGUUCAUAAAUGGCAGUAAACACUUUUAACACACAGGUGUUAGAAAGGGACACGCUGAGUUACCGGUUUGUUUUGGUGUUCACCAGUUAACGCUGACAUGUUCAUCUAGCAAAUAAUAAAAGCCUGGGUCAAAUUACAGCUAUUAAAAACUCAAUCAUACACAUAAUAAUAGAUUAUUUAUUGGCAUACUAAUAUUUUUGGGGGGGUUAGAGUGAAGGCAGGGUCAUAUGCAGUGUCACUGUUAACAUUUUAAAGUCCUUUGUAGUUUUAUUAAAUAUGUGCGCAUAAAUAUAAAUGAGCAAUACAAUAAAUUACCAAACCUCACACAUUUCCUUGUAUAGCCACAGUGUACAUUUAACAUUGCCAGUUAUAAUGAAGCAUAGCUACUAAACGUUAUAUUAUUUAGAAGUUCAAAUCAAUGUUUGUAUUUUGAAAGACUAUUUAAAUGAUUAAAUUCUAUUUUUUACUCAAUUUACUGUCGUUUGUUGACACUGCUUUAUUUUUGUGUGUGAUAUUGGCUGUGAAUUUCUGUGUAGUUUUUUUUUUUUUUCAUUUAGAUAAAACAGUUUGAUGUCCUUGUCUAAACAUGUCCACAUAAAAAUCACUGUGAAAAAAGUGAGAUCUUCCACUGUCUGACGCAACGGGGAGUGGAUUAUUGUAGGUGCUUUGUGUUGUGUAAUAAAUGGACACACCACCACCACACAUCAUCGGCCUCACCUCUCCCUGUGUGUAUUUAUGUAUGGCUGUUUGUGUGUGUAUUGGAUGGAGGAUAGUGUGAUGACUGUUAAAACUGUCAACUUCAUAAUUAAAACAUUUUUGACCAUG